AUGACUUGACAGGAAUUCCGAGGCGCUCGCCAGAACCCUUCAUUUUCAAACGCAUUAAUUUCCGUCUCCUUAAACCUUCACUGGCCGUAACUUAUCUUUAUGCUUGUAUAAUAAGCCGCAGAAUUGGUAUUGUCCGUCCGAAUCUCAAAAAUUCAGGUUACGGACCAUGAAAAAGCUUUAAUUCAGCGAGAGAUUACCGCUGCGGCGCGCACGGAUUGAUCCCCAUGCAGGGGAAGUCGGAGGAUCGGUUCUGCGGAAGGAAGAAGCGUCGGCCGGUCGGCAAGGCGGAGAGACGUGGGGUGUAGUGUCGAUCCCCACGGACCAACAUGAUGAGCUGAUGCUGGUCAUUAACUGGUCGUUACAUAUUAGUCAGUACGUGUGAUAUUUGUUCAGUGUGUAAAUACUAUGCGUCACAGGCACCCCGGUAAUGUCCGCCGUCCGGCCCGGUCGCCAGAUAAACGCCGUGCUAUGCCUCUUCUGUCCCACACCAAGUCGCAGUCUGGUCUGUCCGUCGGUCACAUCUGACAGCGGCCCGGUGUCAGUCGGAGGCUCGGAGCAACACCGACAGUCACCGCCGGGGCGGCGCUAGAGAGGAGAAAUGGGAGCGACGGUGUCCUGCUGCGCCUCCCCGGGAGAGAGUCCCAAACCCCCCCGGAGGGAGGUGGAGCUGGAGGAGUGCCCCAUUACCACAACUGAGGACGUGAGUGAGGACACCGGGACCUACCUGCAGCAUAUCAGCGACAGAGAGCUCCCCGAUGAACUGGCUCAGGAGGCCAACCCAUCAGACCACCCCCGAGCCAGCACCCUGUUCCUCAACAAGUCCCAAACAGACGUUCGCGAGAAGAGGAAAAGCAACUACUUGAAUCACAUGUCUCCAGGGCUCCUGACUAAGAAGUACAGCUCCUGCUCCACGAUCUUCAUAGAUGACAGCACAGUCAGCCAGCCUAACCUGAAGAGCACCGUCAAAUGCGUGGCGUUGGCCAUCUACUAUCACAUAAAGAACAGAGAUUCAAACCGCUCCCUGGACAUUUUUGAUGAGAAGAUACACCCGUUAUCGAGAGAGAAGGUUCCAGAUGACUACUCCAUCGUGGACCCCGAACACAAACUCAUCUACCGCUUCGUUCGAACGCUCUUCAGCUCAGCUCAGCUCACCGCCGAGUGUGCCAUCGUCACUCUGGUGUACCUGGAGAGGCUGCUGACCUACGCCGAGAUGGACAUCUGUCCGUGCAACUGGAAGCGCAUCGUCCUGGGAGCAAUCCUGUUGGCCUCUAAGGUUUGGGAUGACCAGGCCGUGUGGAACGUGGACUACUGCCAGAUCCUGAAGGACAUCACGGUGGAGGACAUGAAUGAGAUGGAGCGCCACUUCCUGGAGCUGCUGCAGUUCAACAUCAACGUGCCGGCCAGCGUCUACGCAAAGUACUACUUCGACUUGCGCUCGCUGGCCGACGAAAACGACCUCAGCUUCCCUCUGGAGCCGCUCAGCAACAAACGCGCCCAGAAACUGGAGGCCAUCUCUAGACUGUGUGAGGACAGGUACAAGGAGCUGAGCAAGUCGGCCAUGAGGAGGUCCCUCAGCGCCGACAACCUGGUUGGCGUCAGGCACUCCCAGGCCGUGCUGUCUUAAAUCCGGGGCAGCGGCCAUCUUGGAUCGGUGGAGUUGGAGGACGGGCACAAUCGGAGCUGAUGUCAGGAUGUGAUGUCACGUUCGAGUCAGCUGACGUUAGUCAGAAAAACAUGUCCAAACGUGGAUUGUGUGUACAACAGAAAGACUUGUAUCCCUACACUACAU